UUGACAAUGACAUUUGGUUGACAUAAAUUUGGUGCAAGUGUACAAAAAAGGAGAACUUUCAUUUUUCAAAAUUAAUAUUUAUUUGAAGAGAUAAUUUAUUCCUAAAAUAAUAACAGUUGAUUUCUAAGCGUGUUAUCAAUGUUGCAUUAAAAUACAGACAUCAACAAUGGAAGUGGCGGGUGGCGCAGAGGAAGGAUUUGUUAGAGAGUGGACACCUUGUUCCCAUAUUUUGAAUUUAAUUCCGCCUCGCAUACAGAAUGGGUUAUUUUCCAAUGAGUUAUGUUUGACUUGCGUGGACGCUGUGAGUGAAUAUAUUGCUCUCGGGACGAACGUGGGACUGGUAUAUUGGUACGAUAGAAAGAAGGGCAACAUCCAAAGGCUAAGAUGCGAGGCUUCAACCAGUCCCAUAACAUAUGUGAAGAUUGUCAGCACGGUGGACUACAUGGUGGGAGCUGGAAAUGCAGCCGGCCAAGUCACCGUGUUCCAGAUCCCUAAGGAGCACCCUGAAAACAUACCGGAUGACUUCAAGCCCAAAGUGGAACCUAAAGUAGAGAGGUAUACAAUAGGCGACCUCCAUAAGAGUAAAAUAACAGCCAUAGAAUGGUCCAAGAACGGCAUGCGGCUGUUCUCCGGAGACAAGAAUGGAGUCAUCAUCAUGACGGAGAUAGACUUUUAUAUGCACCUGUGCAAGUCGCAAGAGAUCGUGAACGAAGGCCACGAGAUCGUGCAGAUGAGCUACUGCCAGAGUGCGCUGCUCGUUUCCAGCGUGUACCGCAGCAUCGUGUGCGCGCGCGCCGACGCUCGCUGGCGCGUCAGCCAGCUCGGCAAGAAGGAGCGCAGGAGCCUGUGCGCAUUGGGUGGUGUCUGGCAGCAUUCAUACGCCCGCGGGGGCGCGGCGGGCGCGGCGGCGGCGUUCUGCGCGCGCGCCGGGCUGCGCGUGUGGCGCGCCGACGCCGCCGGCACCGUGCACCAGACGCUGCUCUUCAAGGAGGCAAUAUCAAACCCGCUAACGGUAGCCGAGCUCCUCAACCCGGCCGCCCGAAAGCACUCGCAUGCCGACCGCGAAUACAACUUCGGGCCGCUCCACGUGUUCCGGGAACACUUCCUCGUGUCCCACAACGAACACAUCCUGUAUAUUCUGGACCCGAGGUCGCUGACCGCUGUCGCCGUGGUCGACGAUCUCCGAAAGAUCUUAUCGGUGUCGGUGACGAAGGACGAGAUCUUCGUGCUGGAGGGCCCGCGAUCGCUCGUGCGGCUCGCGCACGCGCCCGAGCCCGCCGCGCUCCGCUCAGCAGAGGAGCCGAUCAACCUGAUGACGAAGUCGCUGACGUCAUCGAUCCAGCUGGCAGUGAGCACGGUGCGCGAGCUGACGGCGCUCGACGUGCCUCUCAUCGCUGGAGUGUUGGAGCCAUUCGCGCGCGACAACGAAGCGGCAGUUGCAAGUGCCGAAGAGUGCUUCGAGCUGCCGCCCAUCAAGCAUUUACCUGGGGAUAUAUCGGAGAAUGUGCUGGAGUCCAUCAUCAAUGAGUUCAAGGACGUGUCCAGCGACGCCGAAGAGAUUCGCCGCGCGAAGUCGGAGGAACUGCAGCGGAAGCUUAAACUGUACAACAGUAUCAUGGAGAAGAAGUGCGACGAGGAACUCAUACAUAGCAGCCGGAGAAGCAGGAGAAGGGACGGCGGGUCGGGCAGCAGCACGCCUCGCAUGGCGACACCGGUGCGGCGCGCCGACGCCGUCAGCUACACCAGCCCCUGCCUCAUGAACGUCAGCGUUUACGGGGAGGUGCCACAAAACGACGAUCUUCUCGAAAAGCAAAUAGAAGAGAAAGAAAAAAUGUUGGCCAAGCUGCUCAAUCUAGAAUCCCUGAGCAUUAGCACCCCGAAGACCGAUCACGAGAAGCCGGAGCCUCCUCCCCAGCCGACUUACAAAAAGUUCCAGUUGAUAGACACGCCCUAUAUUGACCCUCCUAAAGAAAAAACAGCGCCCAAACAGAUUCAGGACUCUAGGCCCAUAGACUUAGUGCCGAAAGUCGUGCAGUUGCCCAACAACUGGAACUUGGGCGACAUAGAGUUGAAGUUGGAAAAGACGAACGGGCUGAAGGGCCCGCAAGCAGCCAUGUCCCCGGAGGAGCCCAUAGAAAGCGACUGGGAGAUCAUCUGAUGCCGCGCGAGGCCGAAGUGAGGUCAUUAGGAUUCCUUUGUAUUUUAUGCAAAAUCUUAUCGACGCCGCGUCGGCUGCGAGUUGCAACUUGGUUCCUGUGAAUAGGCUAUUUGACAUUUUAAGAUAAUGAUUUAUAAAGCCCGGUCUGUGAGCACGUAGAAUUUUGUCCAAUGACCCCAAGCUACCCAUCCUUAUCGCUCGCG